AGCUGUGCACUCAAGGAUCACACACAGACCAGAUCUUCUGACCUGCAGAGACAUCCAUCCAUCCAUCCAUCCAUCCAUCCAUCCAUCCAUCCAUCCAUCCAUACAUACAUCUAUUUAUCCAUCCAUCCAGGGUUUUUCCCAGGCAGGAGUGAAGUAGAAUGGAGGUGGAGAUGUUGAGCAGAAGAAACUCAAAGUCGAACGUGACUCCAUGUACACUCACCAAAGUGGCUCUGAUCACGCUGGUGUGUUUCUGUCUUGCUCUGCUGAUCGCUGUCAUUGCAGUCUCACAGAAAACGCCCAAAGAAGAGUUCUGUCUCACGCCAGAGUGUGUCGAAGCAGCUGGCUCCAUCCUGAGCAAGAUGGACCUCAGCAUCAACCCAUGUGCUGAUUUCUACCAGUACGCGUGUGGAGGCUGGUUCAAAGAUCACCCCAUUCCAGAAGAUUCCUCCAGCUAUGGGAUUUACCCCUGGCUCCGGCAAAAGGUGGACCUCAAACUUAAAGAGCUUCUGGAACAGCCGACUGCAGAGGGAGACAUCGAGGCGGUGAAGAAGGCCAAGAUGUUGUAUCGCUCCUGCAUGAACGAGACUGCCAUCGAGCUGGUGGACUCGAAGCCUCUGCUGAAGGAGCUGAAGAAGCGUGAGUUCCGUUGGCCCGUCCUGGGAGACGCGUUGGGUUCUGACGUGCAGUGGGACCCGAGAAAGUUCGAGCUGCUCCAGACUCUGGCUCAGAUCCGCACGCAGUACAGCAAAUCCGUCCUGCUGCGGCUCUACAUCUCACCUGACGACAAAAACUCUCAGGAGUUUAUUAUCAAGCUGGACCAGGCGUCCUUGGCUUUAUCCAGAGAUGAUUACAUCAACAACAGCACUGAGGCACAAACAAACCGUGAGGCUCUCCUGAAGCUCAUGGUGGGCGUGGCCGUCAUGCUGGGAGCCAAUCAGCAGGCGGCUGAGGUUCAGAUGAAAGAGGUGCUCGACUUUGAGAUGAAAAUUGCUCAGAUCAUGAUUCCUUAUGAGGACCGCACCAGUGAGAACAUGUACAACAGAUACAGCCUGAGUAAACUACAUCGCACCAUUCCUGAGUUCAACUGGUUGGCGUUUGUUCGAGCUGUGAUCGACUCUAAACUGUACCCAGAGCUUUCCAUCUCAUCCUCAGAGCAGGUGAUCGUUCGAGCUCCUCAGUACCUCAAGGAUCUUUUCCGGCUGGUAAACGUGACAGAUAGCAGGACGGUGGCGAAUUACGUGGUGUGGAGAUCCAUCCUGUCCCGAGUGACCACGCUGAGCCGCCGCUUUCUCUACAAAUACCUCGACUUCGCUCGAGUGACGACAGGAGCGACGUCUCUGACGCCUCGCUGGGACAAGUGUGUUAAUUACGUGGAAAGCACCUUAAUGUACGCCACCGGACGCCUGUUUGUUGAUAAACACUUCCAGGAAGAUAAAAAAAACAUGAUGGAGGAACUGGUUGAUGGUGUUCGCUGGGCGUUUAUCGACAUGCUGAAAGAAGAAAACGACUGGAUGGAUGCUGAAACCAAGACAAAAGCCAUAGAGAAGGCUCACGCAGUUCUGCCUAAAGUGGGUUAUCCAGAGUUCAUCCUGAACAACACCUACAUCAAUAAGGACAUCGAGCAGCUCUCAUUUACAGAGAAGGAUUAUUUCGGGAACGUGAUGCAGACGUUGCGUUUCAUCGCGCAGUCCGACAUCGGCUGGCUCAGAACCACGGUUCCUCGCACAGAGUGGUUCACAAGUCCAACAACCGUGAAUGCAUUCUACAGCUCCUCCACCAACCAGAUCAGAUUUCCAGCAGGAGAACUUCAGAAACCUUUCUUCUGGGGACUGGACUAUCCUCGGUCGUUAAGUUACGGAGCGAUCGGUGUGAUUGUUGGACACGAGCUCACACACGCUUUUGAUAACAAUGGUCGGAAAUAUGAUAAAGACGGGAAUCUGAACCAGUGGUGGAGCAACACUUCAGUCUGGAACUUCAACGAUAAGACACAGUGUAUAAUCAACCAAUACAACAACUACUACUGGGAGGAGGCGGGGCUUCAUGUGAAAGGAAAGAGAACCCUGGCGGAGAACAUCGCUGACAACGGAGGAAUCCGAGAAGCUUUCAGGGCGUACAGGAGGUGGGUGCAGAAGGAAAGGUCAGGGGUAGAGGAAUCGUUAUUACCUGGACUGGGUCUGACCAACAAUCAGCUCUUCUUUCUCAGUUACGCUCACGUGCGUUGUAACUCUUACAGACACAAAGCAGCUCAAGAUCAGAUCCACAGUGGAGCUCACAGUCCUCCUAAAUACAGGGUCAUUGGUGCUAUGAGUAACUUCGAGGAGUUCCAAAAGACCUUUAAUUGUCCUACCACAUCAAUCAUGAACAGAGGAGCAGAUUCCUGCCGGGUGUGGUAGCUCUGGAGAACAUGGCAAGUUUUCCUGAGUUCUUAAAAAUGGGCCAAACCUCAACCAAAGAACCAAAUUACAAUGUUCUAAACAGAACCAG